GCGGCGCCGGCUGGGUAACGUGGUGGUGCUUCUUCAGAGGCUGUAGCUGUAACCGGUGGAAACAGACUUGGGGGUGAAAGAAGCUUUCCUUUGUGCUGAUGUUGAAUAAUGAGAAGACCCUUCAUCUGUUGCUGAAACCUUCAGUGAACCUUCUCUGGGAUGCACUGCGCAAGCCGAUAUAGCGACUGCAGUAACCAAUCACGUGGUCAAAGAUGACUGAUCCAGAUGUUGUGACUGAGGUGCCUGCAGCUUUGAAACGUCUUGCCAAAUAUGUUGUAAGAGGAUUUUAUGGGCUGGAACAUGCACUGGCCUUGGAUAUUCUCAUUAGAAACCCCUGUGUCAAAGAGGAGGACAUGUUGGAGUUGCUGAAAUUCGAUCGCAAACAACUGCGAGCGGUCUUGAAUACACUGAAAAAUGAUAAAUUUAUUAAAAGUAGAAUGCGAGUUGAAACUGCUCCAGAUGGUAAAACUACAAGACACAAUUAUUACUUCAUAAACUACCGCCUUCUGGUGAACGUGGUGAAGUACAAACUUGACCACAUGAGGCGAAGGAUUGAAACAGAUGAACGAGAUUCCACCAACAGAGCCUCUUUUAAAUGUCCCACCUGUUUCAACACAUUCACAGACCUGGAAGCAAACCAACUAUUUGACCCAAUGACAGGAACAUUCCGAUGCACCUUCUGUCACACUGAGGUGGAAGAGGAUGAAUCUGCGUUACCAAAGAAGGAUGCCAGAACACUGUUGGCAAGAUUUAAUGAACAGAUUGAACCAAUCUACGCACUAUUGCGAGAAACUGAAGAUAUUAAUUUGGCCUAUGAAAUCUUGGAGCCAGAACCAACAGAAAUUCCAUCGCUUAGGGCAAGUCAGCGGGCACUUGGCACUGGCAGUGGAAAUGCACACCUUCAAAAAGAAUCAUGGGCAAACAAAGGACCUACAUAUGAGGAUCUCUACACACAAAAUGUUAUCAUCAACAUGGAAGAACAUGAUGUUCAGCAUAAAUUUGUAUCUGAUGGGAAGCCAACUAAGGAGAGACCAAUCUGGAUGAGGGAGAGCACUGUCCGAGGAGGCUUUAAAGACUUGGAAGAAGUACAGGAAGGUGAUAAUGAUGUUGACUCAUACCACGAUCGUGAGGGUAAAGGAAAUCCAAUGGAAGCAAAUGAAGAAGUCAUGCAAACAUUGCUCAUCCAUGAAAAGAAAAGUACAUCUGCAACUGUGGCUGCAGCUGCUGCAAUCCCGACUUCAAAUGCCAGUGAUUCAGAGAGUGAUACUAGUGAAUCAGAAGAUGAAUCACCUCGACCACAGGCACCUGCAGCAUCAUUCCCAGUGGCAACAGCAGAAGAGGAUGAAGAGUUUGAAGAAGUGGAGGAUGAGCCAACCGUGUUGGUAGCAGGACAGCCAUAUUCAUACAGCCAGGUUAGCCAAUGCUUAGAGCUAGUGGCACAGAUGACAGCUGAAGAAAAGGAAGCAUAUAUUGCCAUGGGGCAAAGAAUGUUCCAGGAGAUGUAUGACUGACCGUUGCUACAACAAAUGAACUAAAGUCCUAAUUAUAUAUUUCCUAAGAUUUUAUUUGUCAGUGUUUCCACAAUUUUAAUUGUGUCUGCCAAAAUGUUAAGAGACAGCAUUCCUUUCUCAACAAAAUUACAGGCUGGAUUUUAAAAGUAUUUCAAGACAAAAGUAUUAUUUUUAAGAGGCUAAAAAGUUGCAGUGCCCUAUAACUUUAAAGCUAUGUAUUUCAUAGGUAGUCUUGUUUUUAUUGCAUAUUUCCUUCCUCCAGGUGACACUUAAAUACGUGAAACCCCUUCGAGCUUGUUCAACCAAUAAGAAAUGUUUUGCUAGAUAGUGGACUGGCUCCUGCCAGAUGGAAAUAUUUCUGUCUUGUGUUCCAUCAAGCUGUUUGAAUAAUCAUUGAUAAGAUUUGCUGGUCUGUGACAACAGGCAAAUUUUAGGUGAGGAGCAGCGAUGAGAUUGAAGCUUAGAGCCUCUUGGUUAGGAAUCAAUUGCUCAUUCACUUCAACUACCAGGCCCAGCAGUACAGCAUAUUUGUCUGUUGGUACAAAAUUUGUGUCUGGUUAUUAAAGAAAAAUGGCUUGUUUUGACAAAUAAAAUAAGCAUGACUGAGAGCAAGGGGAUUUGUAAAAAAACAAAUGAGUUAUGUCAUUGUAGAGGAACUGACACUUAGUUGUUUCACUAAUAUUUACAUUUAGCCUGACAUUUGUGAGAUAAAGAAAAUGGUGAUUGUACUGGUUAAAAUAUUUCUUAAAAAUUGAUCAAUCCAGUUGCUCCUGUGGUUCAGCAUCCAUCUGCCAUACAGAACAGAAAUGUUCCAGUUGAAUUUCCAAUCUGUGUUGAGUUAGUUAUCUUAGCUAGAACAUUAGGUAGGAUACUUAACUGGCCUUAGAGUCCCAGCUUAAUUAACUGAAAAUCAGCUAGAAUUCCUGCUCCUGCUCACUAUUCAGUUGUCCCGACUGUAAGUGCAUACGUCUAGACAACAGGUGAGGAUUAGGAUCAGUUGUAAUGUCCUCUGUGUUCAGUGUUGAGGUGUGGAUGCUUACAUGAGGUACCAGUAGAUAUGUCACCCUGGAAUUUUACCUCAGCAGAAGUCAUUGCCUUCAGGAAGGGCAUGGAGAAAAUUUGACAGAAGAAUUGAUCACAUGAUUUUGUUUCAAUGUAAACAAAACGAGUAGCUUUUAUCUGAAAUAAAAAUAUUUUAAAUGUAAUCAUUAUAGAGCAGUGCAGUUUUAAAAUGAGCUGGACAAGUGCCAAACCAUUUUGACUCUGUGUUAUAAGCAUCCGGGACAAAGCUUAAAUAUACUGACUAUGUGUUUGGCCUUCUUAUGUGAUUUGCCUUCCUAAGCCAGCUGAGGUUUUGAAAUAGCCCAGUGAAGUUUUAUUUUCUUAGUAUCUAUGCAGCAGAAGAUUAAUGUGAAGUUUUUAAUAGUUGUAACAAAGUCAGAUUUCAACACUGUACUCUAAACAAAAAAUGUUGGAAAUAUUCAGCAGGUCAGGCUGCAUCUUUGAAGAGAGAAACAGAUUUGAAACAUAACUCUGCUUCACUGUCCGCCAAUGCUGUCUGGCCGAAUCAGUGUUUCCUGCAUUUUCUACAUCUGCAGUAUUUUACUUUUGUUUUAGCUAUUUAUUACAUAACCUAUAUGUUACAGAAAGUGAAAUGUACAGCUUUACCUUCAUUUGUGUGUUCCCUAAUACUUUCAGUGUAGCAUUAAACCCUUUCAUAAACCAUUAUAGCCCAUAACCACUUCCACCAUCUCACUGUGUAAUCUUUUUGAGUAUCAGAUACAGUAAUUGGUGACCUGCAGUUUGGUCCUGCAGUCAGACUAAUAUGUUACAGCCUAUAAAAAGUGAAAGGAAUGUCUCAUCGACUCUUAACCUGUCCACCCAUACAAUUCUACACAGAGGUUUGAGUGAAACACUUAGAAGAUGAUGGAAAUAUACACAAUGGAAAACUAGACAAUGCAUUUGCCAAGUCAGAACUAUUACAUUAACAUUGAAAAACGGUUAAAGCUUUUCUAACAGCAGAGGAGUUGUAUCAUAAAGAGUAUUGUCUCAUCAUGAAAUGUAUUUUUAUUACAAUGUUUAUCUGCCCAGUGAAUACUUGAGAUUAAUUGCAAUGCUGUAAUCUAAUUCAGAAGGCUCAGGUUACACCUAAACUGAGUGUGAUCCUGGAGCAAUGUAUCAAAUUCGCUCCCUGCUGUCUGUUUUUGUAUCAUCUAUUCUAAACAGUUUGAUUUCUAUGUGAUAUUAGGUCAUGUUCUGUAGCUGGUACUGCACUUUGUGUCUAAUGAUGCACGAUGGUCAUAAAAGGACAUUGAUGCUAUUACUACAAGUUUUGGUGGUUGAUUGCAAGGAAAUGCUCUGUUCUGAUCUUAUAAAAGAUCACACCUGUAUAAUGAACUAUAUGUUGCUCUUUCCAUGCAUGAAAGAGCCACUGUUAAUAAUGCAAUAUUUAUUCUACAGGUGUCGUACCGUGAAUUGCAGACAGCUGUUUUUGUUUCCAUUUUCCAUGCAGUUAAAUAUCAGAUCUGGAGAGUGAUUUUCAAUCUACUCCCCCUAGUUCAACAGCUUAAGUCAAAUUAUCCAACUAUUCAAUUUCUUUUGCACAAAAUAACCACUUUGUUGAGUCAUUUAUGUAUAUUUAAUUGACUAUUACUGAAAAUUAGAUUUCCACUAUUGACACUCAUGGAAUAAAUCACUUCCAAGAUUAUUUUUCUAAGGUGCUUUCACUAAUGUGAAAAGGUAUCUGAAAAAGUACUAGAAUUUAUUGGUACUAUUCUAAUGUCAUACUGUGAACAGGAGAGUCAUUCUUAAUGCCCAAAGGGAAUAAAAUCUGCAUUGAACUUAUUAAAAAUUUGCAGAUUAUGAAGAUUAUUCAGUUCACUAAUCAAUGGCUCCUAUUUACAUAUUUGAGGGGAAGGAAUCCAGACCAGGCAAAUAUCUGUAAAGUCUGAUGGGCACUGGAAAAUGUAUGGCAAUUAAUUUCUCCAUUUCAGUCUACUAGAGAUAUUUAGAUGUCUUACUAGCAAUAUCCAGUAGCAAACAUCAAGUACUGUGGUGAUAUGCUCAUUCCUGUACUAUGCUGCAGUAAUGGGUUUUGCACAAGUUGCUACACAUUACCUUUAGCCAAUUGAAAGAUAUUUUAAUUUUUCUUAUGCAACCACUACAAUAAAAAUUGGCCCUGAUCUCUUACAUGCAAUAUACAAUGACCAAAUUUAGAUUAUACAGUACUCUCAAAUGAAUAAAAUAUAACCAACUAGUUUUAAGAUGGUGCAGGAAGAUUUCUCACUUCUUCCUUCCUGAUUUUAAAAUAAAAUUGGAAGAGUACAAUUCCUAUAACAUUCAGCCCACACCAGUGAACAUGCAUUCUCAUACUCAAAUGUUGGAAAACACUCCUCAGGUCAAGCUGCAUCUUUGGAGAGCGAAACCGAAUUAAUCACUCUCUCAAACAUGCCUUCCCUAUUUUUCUCAACUGCAGCAUUUUAGAGAGAAGUUGAAGUAAUUUCAAUUGUACUUAAUCGCACGCAUAAAGAUAUACAUGUCCAACAGUACAAAAGAAUUACUUGGACUUUCAGAUAUCUCGAUUUCCCGUUAGAGCACAGCCCAAAAGAUUUAUUCCAAUAUAUAAUUCUUCAAAUACAAAAGCACUGUUUGCAACUGUACUAAUUUAUAGGGGAGAGAAAAAUACUGUACAAUAGCUUACAAAUUCUCAAGCAGGAACUAAAGGAAGGAACUCAUUUGAAAGGUUUGGGAGACUACAUUCUAACUUCACCUCAUGCUCAAAGCCUUUGUAAAUUCUAACUUCGUUCAGCUUAGCAAUGAGCCUCCACAAAAGUGAUAAAUUAUCCACAACCAGAAUUAAAGCUGUUGUUUAAAAAGAAUAUCCUUUUAGAAACAAAACCAUAACCAGUGUCUUUUCAAUUUAGUGCUUUUUAUUCAGUUUUAUUUGCUAAUAUUUGGAAAUAAAAGUUUUGCAAUGACA